AUGGUGCCUAGAGAAACAACAACCAAGCCAGGAGAAACAACUGUUGUCACAUCAAAACCCUCUGUGACCACAACCACCACUGCACCAAGAUCUACAACCCUGAGAACAACAAGACCUGGAGAGACAACCACAACAGGAGUCACAACCGCUACCUCGGCUGUUGUUGAGACCACAACCACAGGGCCUGAAGUAACAACAACCAAGCCAGGAGAAACUACUGUUGUCACAUCAAAACCCUCUGUGACCACAACCACCACUGUACCAAGAACUACAACCACAGGAACAACAAGACCUGGAGAGACAACCACAACAGAAGUCACAACCGCUACCACAGCUGUUGUUGAGACCACAACCACAGUGCCUGAAGAAACAACAACAAAGCCAGGGGAAACAACUGUUGUCACAUCAAAACCCUCUGUGACCACAACCACAACUGUACCAGGAACUACAACCGCAGGAACAAAAAAACCUGGAGAGACAACCACAACAGGAAUCACAACCGCUACCACAUCUGUUGUUGAGACCACAACCACAGGGCCUGAAGAAACAACAACCAAGCCAGGAGAAACAACUGUUGUCACAUCAAAACCCUCUGUGACCACAACCACCACUGCACCAAGAUCUACAACCACAGGAACAACAAAACCCGGGGAGACAACCACAACAGGAGUCACAACCGCUACCACAGUUGUUGUUGAGACCACAACCACAGGGCCUGAAAUCUACAACCACAGGAACAACAAAACCGGGGGAGACAACCACAACAGGAGUCACAACCGCUACCACAGCUGUUGUUGA